CAGGCUAGAGAUGAAGAUGGACAUGGUGAAAAUUUUCCCCAGCAACACUAUGCUAAGGAAACUCCAAGACUUGCCUUCAAGAAUAACUGCGAACUACUUGUAUGCGAUUGGUGUAAACAUAUACGGCAUACUAAAGAAUAUCUCGACUUUGGGGAUGGAGAACGAAGGCUACAGUUCUGCAGCGCAAAAUGUCUAAAUCAAUAUAAAAUGGACAUUUUUUACAAAGAAACACAAGCCAACCUUCCAGCUGGACUGUGCAACACAUUACAUCCCCCAGUUGACAGUAAAGCAGAAGGCACGGGGGUACAGCUGCUUACUCCAGAUUCCUGGAAUAUACCGCUGACAGAUGCUCGUAGAAAGGUUCCGUCCCCGGCGUCUGCAGCUGGCCAAGUACAAGGUCCUGGAUCAUCAGCCUCCACCACUGCCUCCCCAUCUGAUGCUGCCAACAGUUCUGCUACAAAAAUUCCCACACCAGUUCCCAAAUCCAUUCCCAUGAAUGACAGUCCAAACAUUGCACCAGUUCCUGUCCCACCACCUGCCAGUAUUGUGCCUCCCAUGGGCGUACCACCAAGGAGUCCUCCCAUGAUUAUGACUAACAGGGGACCGGUUCCUCUGCCCAUAUUUAUGGAACAGCAAAUAAUACAGCAAAUACGCCCACCCUUUCUACGAGGUCCCCAUGGUUCAAGCCCUAACAGCCCUUUGUCCAGUUCCAUUAUCCCUGGUAUGGGUCCACCUCCAGGUGGUUCCAGAGUUUUAGGCCCCACAUCUAGUCCUAUGCAUAGACCAAUGUUAUCACCUCAUAUGCAUCCAUCAAAUACACCUACAAUGCCAGGCAACCCACCAGGAUUGCUUCCACCACAUCCACCUGGAGGUCCUCUACCUAGUCUUCCUUUCCCUCCCAUGGGCAUGAUGCCAAAUGGUCCCAUACAUAUGCCACAAAUGGUAAAUUUUGGUUUGCCAUCUCUUGCACCUUUAGUGCCACCACCAACUCUUUUAGUGCCAUAUCCUGUUAUUGUUCCUUUGCCUGUUCCAAUACCUAUUCCCAUACCUAUUCCUCAAGUGGUGGAUUCCAAACCUCCAAAUGACUUCUCCAGCAAUGGUGAAAGCAUCAUUCCAAGUUCAUCAAGUGAUGCACCAGGUGCAAAGCCAAAGGAUAAUUCUUUUUCCCCAAGGGAUUCUAAACAAAGGUCCUUAAAGCCUUCUGAUUCAUCUCCUGGUGGUUCAGGGCAGUCAUCUCACCAGGCUACAGUUGUUCAGGAACAAACGAAAACUGAAGUGGUAGAUUUAACAGUGAGGACAGCAAGCCCAGAAAACAGUAAACUUAGUGUCACAAAUACACUUCAGGUCCCACAAGAUGGAGUCAUAGAUUUAACUGUGGCACACAGGUCUAGACUUCAUAAUGUCAUACAUAAAGCUCUUAAUUCUCCGUUCAAACUUGAAUCUGAACCUAACAGUGUUGUAAACUUAUCUUUCAGUAAUUCAGACAGAACCAAUUGUAGUGACUGCAUGGAGAAUAGCACAGCCCCCAGCACUCCAGGACUGGAAACCAGUGCAGCAGUUUGUAAUGUCAUUGUAAAUGGUGCAAAGAACGCAGAGGGUUCUAAAAACUCUGAGAAAUUACAUGAGCAAAGGAAGACAUUGUUAGAAAAGGAUCCAGUAGUAAGUGAGUUGGAAUCUGUUAAAGAAAACAACUGUGCUUCAAAUUGCCACUCAGAGCUAGAAACCAGCAAGAAGAAUCUUGUGGAUGAGCCCCUUUUACCUGGGGACAAACAAGAUCCUAAUCUAAAUAACCCAGCUGAUGAGGACCAUGCUUAUGCUUUGAGGAUGUUGCCUAAAACAGGUUGUGUUAUUCAGCCUGUGCCAAAACCAGCAGAAAAAACUGCGAUGACCCCUUGUAUAAUCUCAACUCCAAUACUCUCCACAGGGACAGAAGACUUGGAGCCACCACUGAAAAGGAGGUGCCUCCGUAUUCGAAAUCAAAAUAAAUGA